AUGUCGUCAUCUUGUCACUCCCUAUUCAGGACCAUCUUAAAGCUACCUAUCGUUGUGGAGGCAUUUAAGCCUCAUGUGGGUUCCUCGUCUACCUCAAUUGAACAACAACUGCCAGUUGAUGUUGUCGUUGCUUGUAGUCAACAACUAGAACCAAAGGCGGCAAACAAGUGUUUUAUCUGUAGGAUGAAGGUUGGGUUAACUGGGUUUAAGUGCAGGUGCGAGAAUACGUUCUGUGGCGAGUAUUGGUACCCAAAAAAACAUGAGUGUUCUUUUGAUUUCAAGGGUGUUGGAUGUGAUGCCAUUGCUAAGGCAAACCCUAUUGCUAAAGCUGAUAAGGUGGAGAGGUUCUAA